UAGAAAUUUGGUACUUCUAUAGCGGUUUCCGUGAGAAGUUUCACGCUGGCUUUUGGUUUAACGUUGAACUCUUUGGGAGCGUAAGCGAGCAAUGCCCUGCUGUCUAAUUGCCUCCCUUUGCUUCCUCUGACUGUUUCCGGUGUUGGCAGUGUGCCAGGGAGGAUCUUGCCCACACAUUCCAGGGCAUAUUCCUGUUACAGUGGUCUAUUCUCAGCUUCUCCCUGAGUGAUUGUUAUGAGACCCACUGUAUGUUAUAUGUCAUCAUCUGCUGAGCUGAUGGGAAUAGGACACUUUGAUAAUGUCAAAAACAUCUUGCAGAAGGAAGGUAACCUCCGCUAAGAUUACUGACUGGGUUGAACCAUCUUUUGAAGACUUCUUUGGAAACACAAGCAAAGCUUCAUCUCAGACAUCAGGAAUUGUUAAAAGAUGCGCCCAAACAAAGAAUGAAUCUUCCUUAGAGAACAAACACGGAAAGAAGAGAACCAAUCCAUUUACAAAAGACCAUGCUAGCGAUAAUAAUCAACAUACUUUUGACUACUCCCAGAAUGAUCCCUGGAUUGAUAAAUACAGACCAGAAAUUCAGGCAGAACUUGCCGUGCACAAGAAAAAAAUUGAAGAGGUUGAGGCCUGGUUGAAAACCCAUGUGGAGAAGAGGCCACAGAAGCAGGGGGGUCAGAUUUUAUUACUAACUGGGCCCCCGGGCUGUGGAAAGACUGCAACAAUUCAAGUGCUUACUAAAGAAAUGGGGAUUCAGGUACAGGAAUGGAUCAAUCCUCUAAUGCAGGAGUUCAAACAAGAUCUACCAGAAGUUUUUGAUAGAGAUACGAGGUUUCAGCCUUUCACCAGUCAGUCUCAGACAUCUCUCUUUCACGACUUUCUCUUAAGGGCAAAUAAAUACAACAAACUACAGAUGGUUGGUGAAUCUUUAAGCACGGACAGGAAAAUCAUUGUUGUAGAUGAUAUGCCUAAUCAGUUUUAUCGAGACCCCUCUGCUUUACAUGAUAUUCUUAGGAGGUUUGUAAAAACAGGCCGCUGCCCUCUAGUGUUCAUAAUAUCAGACAGCCUGAGUGGGGAGAGCCAUCAACGGAGACUUUUCCCGAAGGAAAUCCAAGAAGAACUAGUAGUUAAUAAUAUAAGUUUCAACCCUGUAGCCCCAACAACCAUGACAAAAGUUUUGACCCGAAUUGCUAGCACAGAGGCAAAUGCAAGUGGUGGAAAAAUUAUCAUUCCUGAUAAAGCAUCACUAGAGUUAAUCUGUACUGGCAGUUCAGGGGAUAUCCGAAGCGCAAUUAAUAGUCUUCAGUUUUCAGCUCGGCAAGGUUCAUCUCUGAAAAAUGAUAGCUGGUCUAAAAGCAGAGGGAAAGCAUCAAAAUCAGGAAAACCCUCUUCCAAAUCAAAGACUAAAAAGGAGCCACGGAAAGGUGGAGAAAAUGUAGAUGAAGUACAAGCAAUUGGUGGGAAAGAUGCUUCACUCUUUUUAUUCCGAGCCUUGGGGAAAAUACUUUACUGCAAACGAGACCCCGUACCAGAUGAUACAGAUGUUUAUCGUUUGCCUGCUCACUUAUCUGAAUAUAACAGAGACUUGCUUCUCAUCCUUCCAGAGGCCGUUGUGGAAAAGUCUCACAUGAAUGGAGAACUGUUCAAUUUAUAUCUUCACCAGAAUUAUUUGGAAUUCUUCAUGGAUAUUGAUGAUGUAGUCCGAGCAAGCGAAUAUCUAAGCAGUGCCGAUGUGCUCUCUGGUGAUUGGAAUUCCCGUUCCACACUCAGUGUGUACAGUUCUUCAGUGGCAAGCAGAGGGAUCAUACAUUCUAACAGUGCCAGAGCUUUUGUCAACUGUCAAGGAGGAGUUGGGUUCAAGCCACUACAUAAACCUCAGUGGCUUGCAAUAAAUAAAAAGCACCAAGAAAAUUGUCUUGCUGCAAGGUCUCUCUUCUCAACCUUCUGUUCCACACCGCUUGGUCUUCAAACUCAGGUGGUACCGUAUCUGGCAAUGCUCACAAAUCCAUUGAGGAAUCCAUCACAAAUUGCAUUUAUUCAAGAUGUUGGCCGGCUACCGUUAAAAAGGCAGUUUGGAAGGCUAAAACUUGAAGCACUCACAGACAAAGAUUCUGGACUCCCAGAUGGCGAGAGUGGUGAGGAAGAUAACCUUACUGAAAUGCAAAUAGAAAGAAAUGACGCUGGCAAUUCCAUGGCUGAUAGAAAGGAACUGUUGUCCAGUCAAGGACUGGAAAGUGAGUUGCCAGCCAGUCAGCCCCAACCAGUUGCAGCACAAGCAAUUAUGGAGGAUGAAGAGUUAAAGAUUGAAGAGUAUGACAGUGACUGAUAUCUAUCAACAUAUUGGUUACUCCUAUUUCUUUGGACUUACGGGGCAAGUUUCUGGUUAGCAGGUCAUUCAUUAAUAUGUUUAGUUGUACGGCCUCCAUCCCAGUGUAGGUGUGUUGAAGGAACAAUGACAAAACUUUCUGUUGUGAAUAGGUCAUGAGUGGAACUGGUUUGUGGAGCAGCAGGCUUGUUAAAGCACUUAGUUAGACUGUGUGACAAAUUGCUUUUUUAAUAUCCACUGCAAAAAUAGUGGAUUGGUAAUUAUUGUGCUGAAGAUGUACUGCUGUAAAUUAAUUUAUACAUUACGUACAAGAUGGAAAACCUACAAUGUGAAUGUAAGUUUAUAUAAAGUUCUAUACUGAACUAUUUAACUAUGUAAAUAAAUACCUUUUUUCCUCCAUGUGAA